AUGACUUUUAGUUCUUGGAAUGUUAGAGGGUUACGGGGUGACGGAAAGAUGAGAAUGGUUAAGGAUUUAAAAAAUAAACAUAACUUGAGCCUGGUAGGGUUGAUUGAGACUAAAAGACGGGUUGUGACUAGAUUUGAUGUUGAAAGGAUUUGGGGAUAUGUUGGGGCAGGAUGGGAAUAUGUAAAGUCGGAUGGUGCAUCUGGUGGUCCGUUGAUGAUAUGGGAUGAAUUAUUUUUUAAAUUGAAUAAUUGCUAUAAAGGGGAGAGAUGGUUAUGCGUUGAAAGUGUCUUACUAAAGAAUAGUUUUCACUGUGCUUUUUUCUUGGUCUAUGGUGCCCAUAAUAGAGAAGAGAAGAGUCAUGUAUGGGAGGAGUUGAGUUACAUUGCUGGGUUGUGUCAGGUCCCUUGCUGUUUCAUGGGAGACUUUAAUGAGAUAGUGAAUGUGGAGGAAUGGAAAGGCAUUGUUAAUUUACCUUUGUCUGCAGAAGAAUUCAAGAUUUGGAUGCAAGAUAUGCCCUUAGUGGAUUUGCCACUAACAGAUCGUAAGUUUACGUGGUUUCGAGACCGUUCAUGCAGUCGAAUUGAUAGAGCUAUGGUUAGUAUAGAAUGGUUAGAAGAGUUUCCUGAGACUCGGUUAAGAGGCGGUCCAAGGGGCUUGUCAGAUCACUGCCCUAUUAUUGUCGAAUAUAAGAGGGUGAGGGGAAGUCCUAGGCCAUUUCGAAGCCUUGAUUCGUGGUUCAUGCAUGAAGGUUUUCUUAGAAUGGUUAAGGAGGAUUGGAGAGGAUUAGGGGAGUUACAGUUCACAGAAAAAUUGAAGGCAUUGACAGGACCUUUGGGAAGAUGGCAUAAGGACAACUUUGGUGAGAUAGACAAGAAGAUCUUGAGGCUUGAGGAAGAGAUAAAAAAAAGGUAG